CUAAGCAUUUAUGUAUUGAUUUAUUUGGUUUAGACUUAGGCAACAUACUGUAAGGCGAUAUUACUUUCAUCGUUUUAACAUCAGUAUUUAUGGAGUAGCCACAGGUGCCUCCUCCUUUAGUAGGAGUUAAUUACACAUGUAUUGGCCAAAUAAACAACUAAUGGCCGAGUCUUCUGCUGUGUUGUCUUGCCCAAGUCCAGAACGUUCUUGGUUCAAUUUCUUCAACCCCCAUUGAGUGACACAGAUUAGAAAGGGACCUCGGGGUCCAGCCAGCUGUAUACAGACUUCAAUGAAUCCUUCUUCCGCUUCCAAAUGUCACUCCAUGGAUUCCUUUGGGCAACCCAGACCAGAAGAUAACCAGUCAGUAGUUAGCAGAAUGCAAAAGAAAUACUGGAAAACUAAACAAGUCUUUAUCAAAGCAACAGGAAAAAAGGAGGAUGAGCACGUGGUGGCAUCUGAUGCUGAACUGGAUGCUAAACUCGAGGUAUUUCACUCCAUUCAAGAGACAUGCGCUGAACUUCUGAAGAUAGUUGAGAAAUAUCAGCUAAGACUCAAUGUUAUAUCAGAGGAAGAAAAUGAACUAGGACUCUUUUUAAAGUUUCAAGCAGAACGGGAUCCAACACAAGCUGGUAAAAUGAUGGAUGCUACUGGCAAGGCACUCUGUUCUUCAGCCAAGCAGAGAUUGGCCCUGUAUACUCCUCUGUCUCGUCUUAAGCAAGAAGUAGCCACAUUCAGUCAAAGGGCGGUAUCUGAUACCUUGAUGACGAUCAAUCGGAUGGAACAGGCGCGCACGGAAUACAGAGGAGCCCUGCUGUGGAUGAAGGAUGUGUCCCAAGAGCUGGACCCAGAUACCCUAAAACAAAUGGAAAAGUUCAGAAAAGUACAGAUCCAAGUGAGAAAUAGCAAAGCUUCUUUUGACAAGUUAAAGAUGGAUGUUUGUCAGAAAGUGGAUUUACUUGGAGCUAGUCGCUGCAAUAUGUUAUCUCACUCACUCACUACCUACCAGAGGACACUGCUUGGAUUCUGGGAGAAAACAGCUCAAUUGAUGUCCCAGAUCCAUGGGGCCUGUACUGGCUUCCAUCCAUAUGAUUUUGUAGCUGUCAAGCAACUACAGGACACUCCAAGCAAGUUUACUGAAGACCACAAAGAACAAAUAGAGAACAGUUCUCUCACUGAAAACCUCAAUAAGUUAGUUUUGUCAGAUGAGGAAGUGAGCUUGGGAAAUGAACCAGUAGCCAAAGGUUACAAGGAAAAGCAUUUUCAAAUAAGAGAGUUUGAAGCACCUCAGUUUUCUCAUUCUGAAAAUGUUGUAAAAGAUUUCCCGAUAGAUUCACUGGAAGAUGAUUUUGAGAAGGAAUUCUCAUUUCUCAAUAACCUCCUAAGUCCUGGUUCUUCAAAUACUGGUGAAUUUACCCCAGAAUGCCAGACUGCCUUCGGGAGCCCUGGGGCCAGCUUCACGUCACGGGAGCCUGCUGUGGGGUCAGAGCCUCUUGCUCAUUCCUCACGAUUCCUUCCUUCACAGCUUUUUGACCUUGGCCUUCAUGCUGCUGGAGCUUUUAACAGCUGGGCCUCCCAAGAGGGAUUAGAAGUUCCUCUUUCACACACUGAUAACCAGCCAGUGCCUUCACAGAGUCCAAAGAAAUCAACAAAGUCUGCCAACAGUGGCAACCAAGACAUGUCAGCCUGGUUCAGUCUCUUUGCAGACUUGGAUCCGCUUGCGGACCCUGAUGCUAUCGGACACUCAGAUGAUGAACUUCUCAAUGCUUGA